AUGGCGACCGCGUCUAAGUUAGUACUGUCGGAAGAGAAGAUCCAGGAGAAGAUCGGCGUCUGCUUUCGUGAUAUGGGUAUACUUCAUUCACUAUCUAUACCUGGAACUUACCAAGAAAAGAUAACUCAUCUGGGAAAUUCUUUGAAGAAUUUAACUUGUUUAAAGUCUCUAGACCUUUCACGAAAUUCAUUGAUUUGUCUAGAGGGUAUUGAGUACCUCACAUUGUUAGAAAGUCUCAAUCUGUACUACAAUAACAUUUCCUCACUAACAGAAGUAUUUCGGCUUCACCAGUUACCUGAACUAAAGGAUGUGGAUCUGCGACUGAAUCCUGUAGCUAAGAAUGAACCUGAUUAUCGUCUUUUUCUUGUGUAUAUAAUUCCAAGACUUAGACAAUUAGAUAAUCGUUUAGUCAGAGAGAGUGAACGAAAAGCAUCUCUUGCUCAUUUUUCUAUGGAAGAACCAUUUGAAUUGAAACAGAUGUCUUCAGAUUCAUUGAAAAAUCAAUCAGAAAGAGAUCGACAAUCUAGAACAAAAUACAUUGAUUCUCUAGCAAAGAAGUGUUCAGUCAUGGAUGCAGAAGAUGAAGCUGUUCUAAAUCUAAUUGCUGAAUGUGAAAUGGAUUUAAGUAAACCACCUGGGCUUGCAAGUACCAGUAAAAAAGACUGUGCUGUACCUGAAUUUCAUAAUUUGUCAGGUUCUAGACCUCUCCAAAGUCCUAAACCAAUGCCACGUGCCUCUGAAGAUACCUUAAGGGGCUAUGAUAAAAAAAAAAGCAGUAGCAAAGUGAAUUUUCUGGAUGAUAAACUUCUUGAACAUUCCAGUGUGAAAAGUCAAGAUGAAAUAGAAAUGCAACGUAAAUAUAUGUCUUCUGGCCAUUUUGACCUCCAACUCUCAGAAUCUACAGGAAUAGAGGGAUCAUUCAAUAGUCCAAUACAGAAGAAAGUUACAUCAGCUCAAAAGAUGCUAAAAACUUUAGCUACUUCUGGAAUAAUAUAUAAAAGAAAAAUGCUUAACAGAAGAUUACAGUCAAUUCAAGAAGAGAAUUGUCAGGAUCUCUUGGAAAGAAAUAGUAUGUUGGAAAGAAAUAGUAGAUUAUCCAGUUCUGACGAAAGUAUUUUCAACCAACAAGUGGAAAGAACCCUAGAAUCAGAAAGAAAAAAUGACAGAAGCUUUUCUAACUUUGAUAGAUCUGAACCUGAUAGAUCUGAACAGCCAAGGACUAAAAGCAUAAAUGCAUCUCUCAAAGAGGCAUCAAGUUCUCAUUCAACACAGACACUGAAUAAGGAUGUAUUCAAAAUUACUCUCUUGGAUACUCUUUUGGAUUUGGUGGAUAAAUAUUGGAAUGGUCGUAAAUCACUGCAUUCCAAUGAGAAGUUUCUGUAUCAGGCAAGACAUGUUUUGUCUGCUAUACAAGCAGCUGUACCCAAUCAGGAAGAUUCAUCAAUCAUGAGUGAAAAGAUUAGUCACUUGAUUUUAGAAAAUGAAGCAUUACAAAGUCUUGCUGAACAGGAACAGCAGUACAAUAUGAAGAUUAAUGAGCUGAUGUUGGAAUUAAACAAUACACAUAAAGAGAUGGAUAGCUUGAAAAAACAAUUAAGCAAUUCAUUGGAAGAAAACAAAAAUUUGAAAUCACAGUUGUUAAGUGUGGAACAAAAUACCAAACAUGGAGAGGCUACAACUCUACUAACUGUACAGGUUACUGAACUUCAAAACAGUAAUCAGGAAUUAGCCAGUGAAAUUGAUAACUUAAAGGAACAUCUUGAACACUAUGCCAAGAUUCAGGAACUCACAGAGAUGCUUCAGGAAAGUCACAGUUCUUUGAUUUCUACUAAUGAACAUCUUUUGCAAGAACUUACUCAGACCCGUAUUCGACACAAGGCUGAAGUUGAGCAGUUACACUGGAGUUAUAAUGAGUUAAAAAAGACAAUGUCUCAGUUCCCUCUUAGCAACUCUGACCUCAGCAGUAGUUAAUAUUUGUGGAAUGCUGGAGAACAUAAUUUUAACUCUUCAGUCCAUAUUUUUGUACCUAUAUUUUUAAAUUAUAAUGAAACUGUUCUUACCUCAGAUAUUUGUAUUCAUAUUUCA